GAAAGUUAAAAGCCCCUUCACAUAAACCCUUAUAGUCACCUCGUAAAAGAAAGAAAAGAUCAAAAUCCUAAAAAGAAAUUCAAUUGAAAAAAAAGAGAGAGGUAGGAUCCAGUAUGGACAAGAACAUGUUAGCAGCACUCGAGGGUCUCCCUGAAGAAGAUAAGGCCCGAAUGUCAGCCAUGAUCGACCACCUUCAGCUUCGUGACAGUUUGAGAAUGUACAAUUCACUCGUCGAGAGAUGCUUCACUGACUGCAUCGACAACUUCACUCGCAAGACGUUGCAGAAACAAGAGGAAACCUGUGUGACACGAUGUGCUGAGAAGUUCUUGAAGCACUCGAUGCGCGUAGGCAUGAGGUUCGCAGAGCUUAAUUCACAAGCAGCAACGCAAGAUUGAAGGGUAAUACUAAGAACUGCGAGAAGGGGCUCGGAAUUUCUUAUUUCGUAAGAAUUUUCUUUUUGGAUUAAUCGAGUUCUUCGCAAUCUUGUUUCGUGGAAGAAUUUGUUGAUUUUCACUAUUGAAUCAAUUACUUGUUAUAUGGUAAGAGUGAAGAUUGUUCAACUCACCUUGAUUGAUUAAUGAGCUAAAAAGUGAAAAAAAAAAAAACACUUUGUUUCCUAUUCUAAUAA